AAGGACAUGAAUCUGUCAGUAAAUGGGGAAUCUCAAGUGCCUCCCGGAUUCCGUUUUCAUCCAACGGAGGAAGAACUUGUUCAUUAUUACUUGAGGAAAAAGGUUGCCUAUGAGAAAAUUGAUCUUGAUGUUAUUCGCGAUGUUGAUCUGAACAAGCUUGAACCAUGGGACAUUCAAGAAAAGUGCAGAAUAGGAUCAACACCACAAAAUGAUUGGUACUUGUUCAGUCACAAAGACAAGAAGUAUCCGACAGGAACUCGAACAAAUCGUGCUACUGCAGCCGGAUUCUGGAAGGCUACUGGUCGCGAUAAAGUCAUUCACAGCAACUGUAAGAGAAUAGGGAUGAGAAAAACCUUAGUCUUUUAUAAAGGACGUGCCCCUCAUGGUCAGAAAUCAGAUUGGAUAAUGCAUGAGUAUCGCCUUGACGACAACAUCAUCAUUCCCCAACAAACUACUCUCAACGUCAAUGAAUCAUCAAUUAAUAACCUGCAGGAAGAAGGAUGGGUGGUGUGCCGUGUUUUCAAGAAGAAGAAUUAUCAUAAGGCUCUUGAGAGUCCAUCACCACUCAUGUCCACAAUUCAGAAACCAAAUUACAACGACGGCGUUCUUGAUCAAAUACUCAUGUACAUGUCGUCAUGCAAACAACAAGACAGCUUGGAAAACAACAACAACAACCAGCUCCUUCACUUAGAUAAUAAGCAAAUAAAUAACACCAACUCAUCCUAUUGUGAGACACCCAAAACUAGCCGGCCUGUUGAUUCAACGGCAUCUGGUCCAAGUGAUUGGGUAUCUCUCGAUCGUCUGGUGGCUUCUCAACUUAACGGCCAUGACAAUAUUUCAUCAAACAACAACAUAUGUUUUCCUCUUCAUCAUCACAGUCACGCCAGACCAAAUGAUGACGACGAUGCCUUCUCCCAAUCUCAUCAACCACAUGAUGACCACCAAGUUGACGUUGAAUUUUGGAGCUACGCACCAUCACCCUCCGAUCCAUUAUGCCACUUAUCAGUUUAA